AUGGUCGUUGUCCAGACCAAUGCUACGUGUUCCUUCCACAUCAGCUUCAGCAGCACCGACGUUCUGCCCACACGUGGCACGGAUGUCCCCACUCUCCGCUUCGUGGUUGGCAAGCGCCGCAACACAAUGACGAGUGUUGGCUUGGGCAACCCUUAUCUGAAGAAGGAGCCCAUCGACUUCACUCGCCAGCAAGAUGCGCUUCUGACAUCCAACCCGGAGAGGAGUCGCACGUUCUGGUUUCUCUACGACAAAGUGGUCAAGGUGGCAGCUAUGGGUGUGCAGGGAUGCCCCCAGGCCGAUGUCUGCCGUCUGCUUUGUCGGUUUCAGGACUCCAUCGGCUUCCGUGCCGAGGUGUGCGAGAACCUUCGAUACGUCGUCAUCUCCUCCGGGAAGCUGCCGGUUUCGCUGCGCAUCGUGCAUGUCGGACCGCCGCCGGACGUCUCCAUUCCACGCCAUCUGUUUGACCCGGUGGAGUGGAAAGAGCUGCCCUGGCAAGGCUGCAGUUGCAUCUUCGAACUGGACGAGCAACAUCUAGCAAUUCUGAAACGUAUCCAGUCGCUGCUGUCAGCAUCGCCUUUGGGGCCGCUUUACCAGCUGGUGCCACCAGAGUGCCUCUGCCUCAACCCGGCGCGGUUACUCGAUCCCUUUCGGCGUCCCGAGCUCCUGUGCCAGGGCCCGAGCGUCGUUGCUGACAGCCCUGGAGAUGAAUUGGACUGGCGAGCCUGCUUCGAGCAGGUGCAGGAACGCCUUGCAAUCCCGCUGCACUCCGGUCCCUGGACGUACUGGCCGCUGCGCUUCGAUCGUGCUGACUGCACGACCGUGACCUUGGCACCGACAGGUCCUGUGUGUCAGCAAGCCGUCUCCUCGUGGGUUGCUGCCGUGCAGCAGGCCAGCGGGCUGCGAAAUGCUGCGGUUCCGCGAGACAUGCUGACGCUGACCUUUGCCUAUGAGGCUACAAGCUCGCAAGCUCAUGACAUGAAUGUCCAGGGAAAAGCAGCUGGCUGUCUGCCUAUGCAAGCACCAAAUCCGCACUCACAAGCUGUCCAGCCAUGUGAUAGGCUAAUAUUUGCUGUGAACAUGAGCCUGGGGUGA